GGUAGGGAGAGGCUGGAUAGAAAGAGAGAGAGGGUGGUAGGGAGAAGAGCGAUGCAGCAUUAGCAUCAUCAGUAGCCCCAUACGCGCAGUCACACGAAGGCAACCAGAGAAGACGCAAGCAUUCAUUUGGCGAGCGUGCGUCAGGAAAACGGAUAUCUUUAAUGUGCAUUCCAGAUUCCACCCGAUGGUUUUCAGAAUAGAAUUGAAGACUGCAAUUCGUUCAUGAAGGACAGAGGGGAUGCAAUGCGCGAUAUUUAGAUUUGUGUAAUUGGAGCGAGAGGAUCUGGCAACGGCGUCUUUGACGCAAAUGCGAUGGAGCUGCAUUGGAACUGGUUGGUGGCUUGAGUGAUUUAUUGGAAGCGCGCUUGCUGGAUUUUUACUGCGAAUGAAUUUCCAUUUGGGGGAUUAUUCUUGGCUCGACUAAAAUGAUUUUUUACUUCGCUUCGCGUAGGAUUUAGUAAUAAUAAAAAAUAAGUAACGUAAUGACCAGCGGAGACGAACCCGUCGUGAUCAGCAAAUGAAAAAAAUCCACAUGCUCGUUUUUUCCCCGCGUGUUCUGUCAAGCCAAGGCAUAAGCAUCGGAAGCUUCAACAAUUGAAAUAUUAAACCACAAAAAAAUCCGAGAUUGCUGCAGCCACUUUGCCUUACUGCCCUAGUUUCCGUGACAAUGUGGGAACAAAACUGAUUCCAAGACCGAGACCCCCACACCCCCUCCAGCAGUUCACUGGCUAGCUUAUUGGCGUCGUGUGGACUCUCUAAAAGCAUGUUCUGCUUUUGCCUACAAAGUUCCCUGUUGAAGCUCCAGGCGCUGGAGGUAGAAGGCGGCCCGUCGUUAGGGUCGUCUCCAGAGAAUAGCCCCCCUCCCCUAGGAAGCAAAGAGCAGGGACGCUCUUCGUGUGCUAUGGGCGUUCGCGGAGAGAAGGAAGGCAAUACUCUGGCUCUGUGUCAUAGCUGUCCUGCAGACGAAAACAGCCCUCCAGAGUCGCUGAGGGUCUACACCAGACCCCCACAGUCCACCAAGCACCAGCCCUUGGCGCCUCUGCAUGCCCACCAGCAGCAGCAGCACCACCCCCACCCCUCGCCCUACUCCCCCCAGCGUGGCGGCGGCGGCGGCGGCGGCGGCGUCCCCGGGGCGAGCGGCGACUUCGGGGGGGCGCUGGCGCUCUACGGAGGGGAGGACGGGCGGGAAGGGGGAGGAGGGGAGGCGGACGGAGGGGCGGGGGCCCUCCUCCACCUGAUUGGUGGGGGCCACAGCCCACUGCCGUCGCCGCGCUGCUCUGGCCACAGCCUGAGGUUCAACUCGGACCCCGAGGCCGCGCCAUCGCCGCCCUGCGCCCAGCAGUACAUGCUGGCAAGAGGUCGCGAGCGGACCGAGGGACCAGCGGUGGCGUCUCCUUCCUCCGUACCUCUCCUCACUCGACACAUCGGCACCCUGAAGAAGAAAGUCCGCCGUUUCGAGGAGCGCUUCGAACAGGAAAUGAACUACAAGCCGUCUUACAACGACAAGAACGCCAACCCUGAGAUGGUAAAAGUGAUGUUGGACCUGGCCAAGUCACGCAAACAGCUCAAAGAGAUGAAGCUGAGACACUCUGUGUUUGAUUCAAACGACCUGGGCCCGGAGGGAACAACUGGGGACUCCAAUCAGCUGUCCAGGGGCGGUUCUAGCCAGCAGGGGGAGCCAGAGCAACACGAACCCACAUUAGAGGAAACAGUUGAGUCACUAUUCGGGAGGCUACGAGAAAAGAGACAAACAUUAGGCUUGCCUGACAAUAUGAAGGAGAUGACUCAGGGCCAGAUGGUGCUGGAGAAGAUCACGCUGCAGAAAUGUCUGCUGUACUUCGAGAGUCUCCACGGACGGCCGGGUUCUAAGCAGGGGAGGAACCUGGUGAAGCCUCUCUAUGACAGGUACCAGAUGAUCAAGCGUCUCCUGUGUGCCAGCCCCACCACCAUCACAACCAUAGAGGAAGAAGAGGGCUCAGAUGAAGAUUACACCAACCACCAUCAACCGGCCCCGCCCCCUUGCAGAGUGACGUGGCAAGCAGCCAAUGAGGAGGACAGUGACCGGGACAGUGACCCGGCCUUAGUGUCUCCCAUAGUGGAGGUGAAGGACGUCCGCGAGAAGUCUCCCAUCACGGUCAUAAAUCUCCAUGAAGCGUCCAGGUCGGAGCUGGUGCUGAGCUUGCGUGAGACGCGGGUGGAGAAGAAGAGGAUCCGUAAAGGCCUGAGGGAGUUUGAGGACGAGUUCUACAGACAGACCGGAAGAACGUGCCAGAAGGAGGACCGCACGCCCAUGUCGGAGGAGUACCAGGAGUACAAACAGCUCAAGGCUAAGCUCCGCCUCCUGGAGAUCCUCAUCAGCAAACAGGAAGUGAACUAGCCAGCGACAGCAACGCUACUCCCUGGUCUUCUUUUGUAAUUAAAGUACCGUACAUAUACAAAUAGUUCAUUUUUGUGCCACCAAAGUGUGCACCCUGAAAAGUGUGAAUGGCAUAAAUGUACACUAAGUCGACUCAAUAAGUGUACACUAAAUAGACUCAAGUGUACUCACUUGCUGUGAAUACGCAGGAAGCGUAAACGUAAAGCGACUUUAUCCUCAUGUCCUGUCCUCCAAGUCUUCUCCCAAGUGUACUCACCGAGAUGCAUACCUGCAUACGUGUGAGGGGCUAAGUCAACAAUUUUAAUGAUAGAAGUGAUUUAAGGUGUAUAUUGAUUCUCUUUAGGUGGACUCAGCAACAAUGAUACCUAUCAACUGAUCAACUCAAAAAUGCCUUUGACCUUUCAACAGAUUCUAUUUCAGACACCAAAACCUUGGCCUAGACUUUUCUAUCUAUUGUGAUGACCUUGAGUGUCUAUGUGUGCACAUGCUCAACUUCAACGUUCGAUUUGUAUACUCGUUAUUUUCUAACAUGACAUUUGUUCCCGCUCCUAUAUACAGUAUGUAGUUCAUGGGCGAGUAGGGAUCCAUCGCUAUGAUUAAUUUGAGCAAAUCAAACCUUUUUCUGUGGUGUAAAUAACAUUGUGAUUUAUAACCCCCCUAAAAAAAUGAAUCCAGAGGGUGGGAUUAGGUGAGGGGUGCGUUCAACACUGACACUAGAAUGCACUUUAAUACCGAGGAGCAGGCAUGAGAAGAACAAAGGACCGCAGAGGGCUGCUCAACACAUAGAAGCACUUUGUCAAGUGGAAACUUAAUGUGUGAUAAGUGUCGACCAUUUAUUGUUGUUGCUGUUGAACGUGUUGGCGCUGGUUAUAGUGGGGUUCAAAGAGCAAACAAGUUUCAGUUGGACUAGUUUAUUCAGAAAAUUUGAUCAUAUUGCAUCAAUAUCACCUCUUUUUAUCAACCGUCAUCUAAACUACGCGGUAAAUUCGCCCCCUUGAUCGAUUGAUUGAAGGCGUUCAGUAGAAGUGUGCCUACAGAAUCUGAAUGAUCCUGAAUGAAAUGGAUCUGUAUUCACAUCACUUUGGAGAAAAGCUUCUGCUCAAUGACAAGAUAGAAAAGAGUUUAUCCUUGUUUCACUUUAGAAUGGCUCAGAUUAUGUUUAAGUGGAAAUUAGUCAAAGGAUAUCUUCCUAGAAUGAUGGGCAAAGGUGCAAUGACAUGUUGAUAACUUGUAUAUGAAUCUUCAAAUUAUUCACUUUAUUGUGGAAACUACUCUUUGUGAUAGUUCCAGACAAAAAAAGGAAAAAUAACCGUUCCUUAUGCCAUACGGGGCACAUUAAAGGAGAUGAUAUUAUAUUUUGCCAAAGCCUAAGAGUAUUAUGCAUUAUAAUCCAUAUUUUUCCUUUGGAUUCAUAUGCAAUAUGUGUAUUCAUACAUACUCCUCUAUACAUGUUAAUCUGUUUACAUUUGCACACAAUGUAUGCAAACCAUACAAAUAGCAGCUAAUAAAUGUCUACUGUUAAAUAUAAUUGAUAUAAUUUAAAACUGUUAAGUAAACGGAUCACAUGUGACAAUGAGGAAGUUUGUAAAAGUGUUUUGUUUUAACUUUUAUCUUCAGGACCUAAUUGACACAUAGGUGUCACACACGAGGAAGAACCUGGUCUCAAACAGGCCCUUUGUGCGUUUAGUGAGGAGGCUUCCUUUAUCUCCAAUGUAUUGCAGGGUUGGUAAAAAUCUUGUGUUGCAUGUGAUUCUUCAGGAUGGUACAGUUCACUGAAAAGUCCAACUGUUUCAACACAUUGGACUGCGGUUUGUUUUAUUUUAUUUUUUUGUAUUGUAUUGUAUUCUUUUAUAUCCAUAAAUGAAUGUGAAUGAUUUAUGAUCACAAAUCCAUCCCAUUUUUCUUUCUGCACGUGUGUUUUUCAGUGAAAUCAGUGAAGCGUCAUCACUGUGUAUUAUUAUUAUUAUUAUUAAGUAUAUAUAUAUAUAUAGAAUCACAAUUAUUGCAUACUUGUCUGUGAGCUUAAAGCUGGUCGCAGGGAAGCAUGUUUAAAAACCCAACGUUUAAAAAAAUAAAAGCAUUUUAAGUAGUGUAUAAGUGAAAUGUGUAAAUGUACCUUUGAUAACUCUUGACUUCUGGUGUGAGGUAUCAGUUAAGGACUAACCAUACACAUUAUACAAGACAGAGGUCUCAAUAACCCUUAUGAUCCCAUCCAAAAUAGACCACAACCUGACCUGAAGGGAGAUAGGGGAUCCCUGGCACUGGCUAGACGGCUCUAGCUUGACCCAUCAUGUAGGAGGUGGACACACUGUGCUAUAUAUGUCAACACAUAUUAGGUUGGUUGGUUGAGGUCACUGAGGGCCCUGUAUACAUGUGUAGAAUCUACAUUCCCUGGACCACUCGGAGUGGGGCUUCUUAUUGGCUGGCUCAGAGACCAAAAUGGCAAAAAAACAAUUCAAAAUGUUCAUUACACCUCUAUUUAUGAAGAGUAUUGGGGUCAUUUGUAGAAAACAAGUCUUUACAUUAAUGACGGUCCAUACUUACGUUUUUCAGUGUAAAUGCAGUAUAUCUCAGAGGGUUUGAGGGAGAACUGAAAGUAUGAUUACACUGUGUGUAAUUGAACAUAUCUGGGAUUGUACAAACUACUAACAGACUUAAAAAUUCCAGCAAGAUUGUGUUGUAGUUUCGUAGUGGUUGGUUGUUUACUUUUUCUGUGCAUGUCUGUAUGUGUUGGUGUUGGUAUGUUAUGUUUAUUUAAAUAGAAAAUCCGCUCUCGUAAAUGACAAAUGGUUGAUAUGACAACAAAAAAUGACUUCCAGUUCAUUGUGCAACAACUUUUUUUAUGACUUGAAAUUAAAUAUUUUGCAAAAAAAAACUUUUAUUUUACCUGUUUAUUUUGUUAGAUAAGCACACCGUAUUUGAUAUGUUCAAAAAUAAUUAAC